UUAGAAGAGGCUUCCUUCUGGGAUGACAGCCAUGCAGACCAAUUUGAUGCAGUGUGCGGUGUAUGGUCUGAGCACUGACAGGCUGACCCCCCACCCCUUCAGCCUCUACAGCAAUGCUGGCAGCACUCAUACGUCUAUUUCCCAAAGACAACCUCUGGAUAUGAUGCUGAGCACAUGCACUCAACUUCUUUGGUCGACCAUGGCGAGGCCUGUUCUGAGUGGAACCUGUCCUGUUAAACCACUGUAUGGUCUUGGCCACCGUGCUGCAGCUCAGUUUCAGGGACUUGGCAAUCUUUGUAUAGCCUAGGCCAUUUUUAUGUAGAGCAACAAUUCUUUUUUUCAGAUCCUCAGGUCAUUAUACCAGCUGGAACUAGCAGUGACCAAUUUGAUGCAGUGUGCAGCAUAUUGUCUGGGCAUUGACAGGCUGACCCCCCACCCCUUCAACCUCUGAGACCUUGUAACACUAACGAGUCACAUGACACCAGGGAGUAAAAAUAGCUAAUUGGGCCCAGUUUGGACAU